AGUGGCAUAAUUUUUUAUUUUUUUUUCUUUUCUAAAUUAAAAAAUAAAUAAAUUAGAACUGUGUGUAGCAGUGAGACAGAAAACAAAGCAUAAACCAGAAAAGAGCUCUAGUAAUUAGUUAGGGCAUAAUAACGAUGGCGGAAGAUACCUAUCCUAUGGAAAUCGACAUCACCGAUAAGGGCAAAUCCGUCUUUCCCGCCGGAAACCCUUCCUACAGCGGCAAGGCUUCUCUCUGGGUCGAAAAGUACCGUCCUCAGUCCCUCGACGACGUCGCUGCUCACCGUGACAUUGUCGACACCAUUGAUAGAUUGACUACUGAGAAUAGAUUACCGCAUCUUUUGUUGUACGGUCCUCCUGGAACGGGAAAAACUUCAACGAUUCUGGCCGUGGCGCGGAAAUUAUAUGGCGCGCAAUAUCAUAAUAUGAUUUUGGAGCUUAAUGCUUCUGAUGAUAGAGGAAUUGAUGUUGUUAGACAGCAGAUUCAAGAUUUUGCUAGCACUCAGAGCUUAUCAUUUGGUGUCAAGCCCUCUGUAAAACUGGUCUUGUUAGAUGAAGCUGAUGCCAUGACUAAGGAUGCUCAAUUCGCAUUACGUAGAGUUAUUGAGAAAUAUACAAAGAGCACUAGGUUUGCACUUAUCUGUAAUCAUGUAAACAAGAUUAUCCCAGCAUUGCAAUCAAGAUGCACCCGGUUUCGGUUUGCCCCUCUUGAUACUGUCCAUGUUACCGAAAGACUGAAACAUGUUAUCAAUGCUGAAAGGCUUGAUGUUGAAGACAGUGGCUUAUCUGCUCUUGUUCGGCUUAGCAAUGGUGAUAUGAGAAAGGCAUUGAAUAUUCUUCAGUCAACACAUAUGGCCUCUCCGAAGAUAACAGAAGAAGCUGUUUACCUUUGCACGGGAAAUCCAUUGCCCAAAGACAUUGAGCAAAUAUCUUACUGGCUUCUAAAUGAACAAUAUUCAGAUAGCUUUAAAAGAAUACAUGAUAUGAAAACGAGGAAAGGACUGGCUCUGAUUGAUAUUGUAAGAGAAGUGACAAUGUUUGUCUUUAAGAUUAAGAUGCCUCCAGCCGUUCGAGUGCAGCUGGUGAAUGAUUUGGCUGACAUAGAGUACAGAUUAAGUUUUGGGUGCAACGAUAAGCUUCAGCUUGGAUCAGUUGUUGCUUCAUUUACACGUGCUAGAUCUGCACUGGUUGCAGCUGCUGCAUAACCUUCACCAGGAUAUGAUGAUGCACUGGUGUGUUAUAUUCUCAAAUUAAAAGUAGAUAUAUUCCUAAUUUCUGUGCAUCAAGAUAUUUCCCCUGUACAUCGUAAGAGGCAUCCGGAUGAUGCUGUACUGAUGUAAAAUCGUUUGGCACUGGUGACUACUCUGAUAGUGCAUGUUUCGUCUUUUAACUUUUGGAGACCAAAUUAAAUUUUAUAAAAUCCAAUUAAGGCCAAUGGGACUAAAUGCACGGUAAUGUGAAAUACUAAUGAGAUGAAUAUCACAAACUCUAGGAAUUACAGUACUUUAUAACAUUGGUCUGCUGGAUGAAAUAAGAGAGAAUGAGUUGAGUGAAGAGAUUAGUUGUUCAUUCAAAUAAUCUAAUUAUUUCAACCAAAUACUUUUUCCUGAAAAA